GAAGGAGGGGCGGCGCUGCGCUGCGCUGGAGGCGACGGUGAAGACAUGUUGGAGGUCCGUCAACGUCAUGAUGUUGUGGUUAAACAGAGCCAGGAAAGCAACGAAGCGGCUGGAGAUGCUGCUGACCGAGUCGACGAUCGAACUGGGGACAGGGAGAUGUCGGCCGAGACGCUGACUGUUUUCUUGAAGUUGUGCGCGGCGGUUUUUUACGGAGUUAGCUCCUUUUUUAUCGUGGUGGUGAACAAGAGCGUCCUAACCAGCUACAGAUUUCCGUCAAUAUUAUUUGUGGGCAUUGGUCAGAUGUUCGCAACGGUCACUCUGCUGUGGGUGGGUAAGGCAUGCAAGGUGGUGAAGUUUCCUGGCCUGGAUUACAGUAUGCCGCGGAAGGUGUUUCCACUACCUCUGUUAUACCUGGGGAACCAAAUUACAGGAUUGCUGGGCACUAAGAAACUGAAUCUUCCAAUGUUUACAGUUUUAAGGAGGUUUUCCAUUCUGUUUACAAUGAUAGCAGAAAGUUUGUUACUCAAUAAGAACUUCUCUCGAUCUGUUCAGUUGACUGUCUUUGCAAUGAUACUUGGUGCGUUUAUUGCUGCCAGUUCUGACAUGGCAUUUGACUCGUUUGGAUAUGGAUAUAUUCUUACAAAUAAUGUGUUAACAGCUGCGAAUGGAGCUUAUGUAAAGCAAAAAUUGGAGUCAAAAGAACUGGGUAAAUAUGGACUACUUUAUUACAAUGCCCUUUUUAUGAUUCUGCCUUCUUUGGUCAUUGCAUACUUCACAGGCGAUCUUCAAAAGGCAGUUAAUUUUGAAGGUUGGUCAAAUACCAUAUUUGUGAUGCAGUUCUUGCUGUCCUGCAUAAUGGGGUUUAUUCUCAUGUUUUCUACCGUAUUGUGCACUCAGUAUAAUUCUGCACUUACUACCACAAUUGUUGGCUGUGUUAAGAAUAUAUUGGUGACUUAUAUUGGCAUGUUUCUUGGUGGCGAUUAUGUAUUCACAUGGACCAAUUUCAUUGGAUUAAAUAUUAGUAUUGCUGGAAGUUUGGUGUACUCUUACAUUACGUUCACAGAGGAGCAGUCGGUCAAGACACCAGGAAAUGGCGGCAGUGUGGACAUCAAGGGAAAAGUAGCUGUAUGAACAGAAAAGUUGCCGGAGAUAUCUAGUUUUUGUGCUGUAUUGAUUUGUCUUUUUAUAUUUAAAAACAAAUGGUGUUAUAAAUCUGUGAUCAUCUAACAAAGAAAUUGUACGUGAUCAUGCAGUUUUGGUACACUGAUAUUCACAGGAUGAAAAAAAUUGUCAAAGCAUUAAAAGCCCCUUUUUUAGUAAAACAUUAGAGUAUUUGGAGGCAUUGCCACUGUUUGCUCUUCACCUCCAAUCUAAAACUUAAAAACAAACAGUCCCAACUCAAUAUUUUAAUCAAGGUUUUAAAUUGUAUGUGGUGUGCCUCUUAAGUGUACCAUGUGCAGAUCCAAGAUUUGAUUACUGUACUUUCUGGUAACCACCUUCACGAGUUUCUUUGCUCACCAGUUCUUGGCAUCUUUUUGAUUUCUCCAUCCACAAACAUAAAUUGUAAACUAGGGAUUUCAUGAGCAAUGAAUACUGAAUUUUAGUCUGCUUUGGUCCUCUAGUGUUAGGUAAAUUACGUGUUUUUUUAACAGGAGGCCACUGUUUAAGAAACCUGUGCAAAGUGUGCUCCUUUGAAUAGGAACACGUUCAAUGGUUCUACCUUUUCCAGUUUCUCAUUGCGAAAGUGAGUUUAGGGAGUAAGAAUAUUGAAACAAAUCUGCCAUUUCAGUAUAAUGUUUACAUGCAUGCAAAGGAAUACGUGAAAUGAUUUUUACUUGUGAAGAAUUACCAGUACCAAUAUCCCAUUAAUCUUUAAGUUAUUGAUAUAUUUUUACGUGGGCUGUUAAAUGACAAUUUAUAAUUGAAAAUAAUACUGAACUGAGGGAAGUAGAUGCAAAACUUAAGAGAUUCUGUAAUUGGGUUGAAUUUUUAAAAUCUUAUUGUAUGAAUUUGAAUCAUUUCAGCAGUUUUCCAGCUAUUAAUGGGUCAUGUAUUGUUGGGUCUGUGGAGCCAUUUAAAAUAAUUGUGUCAAACAGGUCUCGAGAAUUUGGUGACUUUUUUUAAAACUUGAAGAUUACAAAUCUGGUUCAGAUUAAAAAAUGAUAGGGCAAGUGAGAGUCAUUUAAUAUCUAUCUUUCUUCAGUUCUCUACUUUCGUAGAUCUAUUUAAUAUAUUAACUUAAUAAACACUUUAGUCUAAAUCCAGAUGUACCAGAAUGUAUGGUAGUUCUGCCAUCCAGCAACUUGUCAGAUCUGUAUGUGUUGUGCUUAUGAUGAGCUAAUUUCUUUGUGUAUGUGAAGUGUAAAAUUGAGGGCUCCAAUGAAUUAUAAUAUACUUAAGUGCACUGUGCACUGCUUUAAUGAUUUUCCCAAAAUAUUUAGUUUUCUGAAAAGUGUUCUGGCAGAAUAGGUCAUCCAGUGAUAUUUGUUAAUUGUAAUUUUGUGAAUGUAGUUGAGUGAGUGAAAUUGAUGAUCAUACAUAUUUACAGGUUAAGUAGGUCCUAUGGACUUAAGAAUCUGCACUGCCCAGACAUUAUGAUGACUCCAGUGACAAUGUGGCAACAUUUGCUUUUGUGCAGCACUAAAUGUGCGUAUGAAUUAGUACAAGAAAACUCCUUGUAGAGCUUUCUUGGAGUCUGCCAAGAUGUUACUUAUUUAGUGGCUGGUUUCAGAAAUGCUGCUUUUAGUACUUAAAAUCAGAUGCUGGUCUUGAUGAUCUGUAAACAAGUUGCAUAGUUCAAUGUUGUAAACACUGAAGUGCCUAGAUAUUGGUUAGUGCUGACUUAUGAACACUUUUAAUAUGUGCAUUUAACCCAUCUGAACUUAGAUGCAUUUUUAGUUCUGAUUUCUAAAUAUUUUAUAAUUUAGAAACAAAUUGGGUUAGAAAUAGGUUUUGCUAUUGCGUGUUCUCAUGAUUCUACAUUUUUUAAUGUUUUAUGAUUUUUGUCAUUUGAAAUUUGCUUGACAGAUAUAUUUUGUAAUACAGUUUUAAUAGCUAUGAUUUGGGUAACUGUUGAAGCCUUUUGAGAACUUAAGCAUUUACAUUCUGUAGCUAUUAUCAUAUGAAUACAGAUGGGCAAAAAAAACUACUCCCAUAAUUUAAAUUUAAUUGGUGAUAUUUUUUCAUUAAAAUUCACAAAAUAACCAAGAUUAAUUUUGAAAUGUAGCAAUACUUAUUUCAAAUUUUGUGGGAUGUGGGCAAAACUGGUGCCCUUGAAGAAAAGCAGUAUCUUUUAGAUGACAGUGCAUAAUUAUGUAGCAGUUAAUUUUAAAUUCAACUGCACCAGUAGUUGACUAGAAUCACUUUGGGUCUUUUUAUGAGACUUUUAUCCAACCCAGAGAUAGUAAGAGCUGAUGAUGGGGUCCGAGAUAAGUGUGGAGCUGGAGGAACACGGCAGGCCAGGCAGCAUUGGAGGAACAGGAAAGUUGAAGUUUUGGGUUGGGACCCUUCUUCAGAAAUGGGGAGAGGGAAGAGAGCUGGGAAAUAGGGGCUGAGGAAGGUGAUAGGUGAGGGCAGAUAGGUGGGGAUGAGAGGGAGGGUUGGACGUGGGAUGAGGCUGAGGGUAGAAAGAGUUUUAAACUGGUGAAUUCCAUAUUUAGGCCACUGGGCUGUAGGUUCCUAAGGCGGAAUGUGAGGUGUUGCUCCUGUAGUUUGCGGGUGGGCUUGCUGUGACACCGGGCCUCCUCUCCAUAUACCUGCCCCAUCAUGAAUUUCAAUAAAAUUGAAACUUUGUUCUGUGACUUAAGGCUCUGGUUCAUCAGCAUUAAAAAAAGUUGUUUAUACUAUUUUAGCUGUUGGGACUAUAAUUAGAUCAUUGCCUGUGAAAGAUGAGUCUGUCUUCUAUUUAGAACAAGUACUAUUGGUUUGCUGUCAGCAGCCAAAUGUCUAAUAGAGAGAUGUGUAGCUCUGAAGAAAGAACAAUUUUUUUUAAGCCAAAUUCAUUUUGCUAUAAUUUAAACCUUUUUAUAAUUUAUCUAUUGCACCAUUUGAUGUUGUAAACAAGGUCACAGAACCUUUGCUGUCUUUAAAAUUAGAUUAGAUUCCCUAGAGUGUGGAAACAGGCCCUUCGGCCCAACAAGCCCACAUCACCACUUGAAGCAUCCCACCCAGACCCAUCCCCCUAUAACCCACACACCCCUGAACACUACAGGCAAUUUAGCAUGGCUGAUCCACCUAACGUGCACAUCUUUGGAUUGUGGGAGGAAACUGGAGCACCCGGAGGAAACGCAUGCAAACACGGGGAGAAUGUGCAAACUCCACACAGACAGUCACCCGAGGCUGAAACUGAACCCAGGUCCCUGGUGCUGAGAGCCACCAUGCUGUCCAAAGUUUUAAGUUUUAAAAGUUCCCAAUUUGGCAUUGGUGAGAAUGAACUAAUCUAGGACAUGAGGGGUUUAGGAUAAAUAAUUAAGCUUGAUACAUUUGAAAGACUUAACGCUUUGUUGUAAACUUCCUAGGAUUAGAAAUGGAGGGAAUAACUUCAGUUUGUUUUUUGUGAUGUAGAUUUUAACAUUUGCAACAAGUACUGCUAAUUAAGUGCUGCCAAUAAAUGCAAAGACAAUGUCUGCAAUAAAGCUUUUUUUAAUAUUCAGACAGGCUGAAAGUUUUAAAAUUAUGCACACAUGGUUCAAAUGCUGUCUUUGCAAGCUAUAAAAUUGAUUUACCAUCAGUAUUAGAAAUGAACUGCAAAUAUUUUUAAUUAAAUUGCAUGCUAUUGAUGUAUUUCAGUAUUAGAAUCCAUUCUUUAGCACCCACGACUUAUAAAUAGUGACCACAUAAGAUCCAAGCCGAGUAAUCAUGAAUUUAUUGGCGUAUUCUAAGCAUUGUUGCUGUUUACAGGAUUUUAGUAAUUUGUGGAUCUGUCAAUAAAUCAGAUCCCGUUAGUUUACACUAGAUAUACAUGUUUUUCUUUUUACAAAGCAUAAUGUACCAACUACCGCAUUAUUUAACUGCCACUUUAUUGAAAGUGAUCAAUGCACAGGCAAAGUGCUAGUGUAAGGAUGUGGUAGAAAUGGUGAUUAUAAUGGAUUAUUUUGUAAUGCAGAGAAAUUAUGAAAUAUUUCCAAAUGAUGUAUUCUUCUAAUGAUAAAUUUUUAUCCAAAAAUAUUAAAAUGAGCCUGAAAGGCAAUUGUGUAAAAGUGCAGAAUUUUAAUAAAAUUGUGCAAUCUUCGAGUAAUCACCAGUUGAUGGAUCUUCUUAUAUUUCUAUCAAAAUAAAUUUCUUGCAACCAGCCUGAAUACCUUUUUUUUGGUAACUGUUAGAUUUGUGUGUUGCUAACUCAUUUUGGUCAUUAUUUAAACCAGUCUAAAAUUAGGCUAAGAACACUGAAAUUGCAAAUUCAAUCCAUUAUAUACAGACAUAAGUAAAUGGUUUCACCUGUAUUAUGUUAAAACUUGUUCCUGUCUUUACAUAUGCCAUUCUCCUAAAUUAAUCUUGAAGAUUUAUGGGGGUUGUUGGCAUUGUGGUAAUGUUAGUGGACUUGGAAAUCAGUAAACCUAGAAUCAAAAGCUUGCCUAAACGAUGGUGAACCUUAAAAUAAAGAAUUAUUCUUAAAAACAGA